UAUUGCAUUAUAUAUAUAUACACACCAGAAACUAUGAAUACCUAAUUCUAAUACUGGGUGCUUGAGGUAGAAGAUGAUAGCAUCAAAGCCUAGAUAUCAUCACCGCUCAUCUCUUGUAAAGCAAGUACUAGCUGCAAUGGUCCAGAACUGCCCAUUGGAUGCCUCACCCAACAAGAGUUGCAACCAGCCAUGGACAACUGACUCUGUUUCCGAGGUACUCCGAUCCAUACCCAGACUCUUCUUCCAGUCACCCCGAUCCAUUGGCCGCCAAAAAGGCUUCCGCCAUCGCUCACCUCUCAAGCAAAGAAACCUUUAUCAAGAACCCAAUAAAUUUCACAGAUAUAGGGACCCCCACAAGGUGAAAUUAGGAGUGGAGAAGGCAAUGGAGUUCUACAGUUGGGUCGAGACCCAGUUCGGGUUUUCCCACAAUGAGAUGACAUGUAGAGAGAUGGGUUGUGUUUUGGCUAGAGGGAAUAGAUUGAAGGUGCUUUGGGAGUUUCUCCAUGAAAUGGCAAGAAAAGGGGGAAAUGGGGUUGUGACUACUGCAACCAUUACCUGUUUGAUGAAAGUUCUGGGAGAAGAGGGGCUGGCUAAUCAGGCAUUGGCUGCAUUCUAUAGGAUGAAACAGUUCCACUGUAAACCGGAUGUCUAUGCAUAUAAUACGAUUAUUUAUGCGCUUUGUAGAGUUGGAAACUUUAGGAAGGCAAGGUUUUUGUUAGAGCAAAUGGAGCUACCGGGCUUUAGAUGCCCGCCCGAUUCGUUCACCUACACUAUCUUGAUUGGUUCUUAUUGUAAGUAUAGUCUGCAAACUGGGUGCAGGAAGGCAGUUAGGAGGAGGUUGUGGGAGGCAAAUCAUUUAUUUCGUAUUAUGCUGUUUAAGGGUUUUGUUCCUGAUGUUGUGACUUAUAACUGUUUGAUUGAUGGUUGUUGCAAAACUUAUCGAAUUGAGAGGGCAUUGGAGCUGUUUGAUGAUAUGAAUAAAAGGGGCUGUGUCCCGAAUCGGGUGACUUACAAUUCUUUUAUCAGGUACUAUAGUGCAGUUAACGAGAUUGAUAAAGCUGUUGAUAUGUUGUGCAAGAUGAAAGAGAUGAAUCAUGGGAUACCCACUACAAGCUCUUAUACUCCAAUUAUCCAUGCUCUUUGUGAAACAGGAAGGAUACUAGAGGCCAGGGAUUUUCUUAUUGAGUUGGUUGAUGGGGGCUCAGUUCCCAGGGAGUACACUUAUAAAGUAGUUUGUGAUUCUCUGAGAUCAGCAGGAGAGGCUAACAUGCUAGGCGAUGAGUUGCGUGGAAGAAUUGAAAAUGGCAUAGAGAAUAGAUACAAGCAAGUAAUGAAGGUGAAACUAAUUAUGACACACAGAAUUUCCUUAUAGCGUGGAGGGAUUUCUGUGGGAAUUUAUGAUACUCAACCAUCAUGAUGCACAGAAUUUCAUUGUAGGGUGGUGGGUUUUCUGGGGGAAUUUAUGAUACUCAACCAUUCAAAGAACUUUACAUGAUGAAAAGCCUUUCAGUGUACUUUUGGUUCUGCGGUGAGAAUUAAGACAUGGAUUAUACCUUUCUUUUGGUUCUUUGAAGUGAAAUUAUUGCAUAUUUAUUUCUACUGCAGGAGAAUGUUUUCUGUUUAAUACUUUUUCUUGGUUCUUUUUUUUAUGCAUUUUAUUGAUCUGUCUGUGUGUAUGUAGUGUUUUUUUCUUCUUACAUGCCAUAAAUUGUGUUAAUAAUUUGUCCUUACUUGAAGAAAGGAAAUAAAAAUAUCAUCAUCUACUCUCUUUCCCUAAUAAAAUAGACAAGGAAGUAGAUCAUUUUUUUACUAGAAGGUAAAUAUCUCUCUUCACUAGUUAUGCUGCUUAUUCUAGUCAUAUGCACUUGCAGCCCCAUAUUGCAAACUGAUCAUAGUGUCUCCGAGUCCCUCUUUCUCUAUUAUUUCUUCUUUUGUUUUCUUGCAUUUUGGGAAAGCUUGAACUUUAUGAAGUUUCAAAAUCGUGCUGUUUUCCUGGUUUUUCAUUGUUUGACGAAGUCGUGAAUUUUAAUUCAGAUGUAUUGAUAUUGGUGAUCCUAAUAGGCCUACUCCUUGCCUACUCGUAAUUGCUCUUUCAUUUACUUUAACAUGUUUCUGGUUCUCUGCUUUCAUGAACACGAUAUUUCUUAUGCUGGGGAGAAUUAGAUCUAUGCCUUACCUCUCAAACUCUGUACUUACAAUGUUCAUUGGGAGCUUUGGAUCCCUUUCUGUCCUGGUAAACAAAUUUUAUUUUCACAAGAUUCACAUGUAACUAUAUCUAUGCUGCGGAAAUGAAAUGUAUUGAAUUAAGCGUGAAUCUUUGUUGCUAACUCAGAAUAGAUUGAUGUUACGGCUGAUGUAAUAUCCAUUUGCGUAUUGUUACUAACAAAUUGGAUUAAUUAUCAACAUAUGAUUUUUUUCUCACUUCCUUAUGUAAAUAGCACCAGUAUUUUAUUUAUCAUCAGGGGCCUCUGCUCAAAUUCUUGGCAUUAUUGAUAAAUAUAUAAAUAUUAGAAAUUAUAUCAUUUCCUGAUUUUCAGUUUUCCGUUUGUGGUUUCCUGAUACCUUUUUUUUAUUUUUCUCCUUCUCUUUUUGACAUCUAAGAUGAGGGCAAUACCACACCUUACAUCUCUCAUAUCAUUAUAUUUUGGGUGAGGAGAUAGGCUCAGCUUGUGAGUUGCUUAGAAUGUCUUACCAUCUUGAAGGCAGUUCAUGACUGCUCGGCAAUGAAAUAGAACAACAAACUGAUGACAAUCGACGAUUGCGGCUCCAAAAUUUUGAAAGCCUACUACUUUCAAUGCUGUAAAAGGUAGUUAACAUCGUGCUUUACAUGUUAUCAUAAGAUGUUUUCCUUGAGUUUUCGAGCAAAACAAGUCACUGAGCUGAAGGACAUAGUUAUAGAAUUGGACAUUCUUGUGAUAUGUUGUGAGGCAAUGGGAACUGGAGGAGCAAAUAUCUGUUAGCCAUCUUGGCCAUGGCUGGAAAGUUUGUAAGCAACCCAAGAUGAAUACUAUGACUAUACUUUUCAGUUUA